AUGAACAAGAAGCCCACUGCGGUGGUUGGUAUUCCCAGAGAGACUGUCAACCUCUGGGAACGUAGAGCCGUCCUCACACCCAGUCAUGUCGAGACCCUUGUCCGCCGAGGCAUCCGGGUCAUCGUGCAGCCAUCAAAUCGCCGAGUCUUCACAUGCGACGAGUAUCUAGCCGCGGGCGCCGAAAUCAACGAGGACCUCAGUGCGGCCACUGUGAUCCUGGGCGUCAAGCGACCUGUUGGCCUCACCAGAGACGACCUCUUGCCCAACAAAACCUACGCCUUCUUCACACACACCAUCAAAGCUCAAAAGGAGAACAUGGAACUUCUGGACACCAUACUGGAACGCGUGAGUUUGCACCAAUACCCACAUUUACAUCAUCCGAUCCUUAUUGAUGACCAAAUAGGGGAGUAUAAAAGCACGAACGUAGCUAUGCUUCGUUUUUAAGUAGUGAAGACUAUUAUGGCUAACAAUAGCAUUCAACAUGAGUGAACUUUUCAUAGGGUCUCAAACAAAGAUAUGGCGGCAAUUAUGGGAAAAAUGCCAAUCGCUGACGUCGCCCCACAGGUUUCCGCUUAGGUAUCGGCGUAGACAGUGACAAGUACCUUUUUUAAAUUCCUUGGAAAUGAACGCGCGAAUAUGGAGUAAAUCCUUCCGAGUAAAUGAUAUAAGUCGACAAUGAAACUGGAGUUUGUAUCAGAAGCCACAUGGGGAACGCUGGAGGAACAACUGACGAGCAGAACACCCAGCAGCUGAGUCAUGCAGCGGCACAUGAUUGGCGAAACACACGUGUCUGGGCGUUUACUAACACCUAUGCUGUCGGUAUGCUGAAUCAUACGGUGAAAAGUACUUGCUUUUGCCUUUCUGAACGCACUUUUGCUAAUUUUAUUCUCUGUCACUGAUGAACAUCGAAUCCCAAUCCAAGACUGUGGAAGAGAGAAAAGAGUUAGGGAAAAUAAAGAGUUGAUGCGGGGCCAGUCAGGUACCUUACUCAAGCCUUCCCUUUCCUGUUGGGGGUUCGAAUCCUACCGAGGUCAUCGAGUUCUUCACAUUUGGAUCAAAAUAAGAUUAAGAAUACUCAAAACAGCGAACGACACUAAGCAGGCAUAUCGACAAACCCUGCGUGGGCCUUAUUAUUAAUCCGGAGAAUUUAGUCUGAAUCAAAUGUUUGUAUAGAGAAAAUCUAGAGCAUAUUAAUCCCUAUCCGCUUAGUGAUUGAGACCACUGACUUGUUUAGUUCAUUUGGUUGAGAUACAUAAAGGGGGAUCUUCUAAUAAGCAACGGUAAAAGAUGAUGACGAAUGAAACUUAGAUUAAAAACAAAACUCCUCGUCUCAUAUUGAUUCCAAAUUCUCUUCGUCAAAAAUUAUUUGAAUUUCAUUUACUUAACAAUUCCAAGUCAAUUUUGAGGUCCCUACAAUUGGUUCAUGCUGCUUGCGAGAUACAACACGCCAAUAUCGUUCUUACCUUCAUAGAAAUUUAGACGAUCGUGUCCUUAACAUGGAUAACUGUAUUUUUCUGUGAGAAAGCUCAAUGUGUGCUUCCUCUGUUUCUUGUUUUCAUCAUCAAUGCGGACACCUGCCUAAUUUAUGAUGAAGUUGGGUCAAACACGAUCCCAGAUCAGGUGUUAAGUGUAAUCAGUGGACAAAGUUCCUUUCUGUCAACAUAUCCCCGGGUUAAUUUAUGUGAUUAGGAGCGGUCCUUAUCCACCAAGGGGUUCUCUCCCAGAAACAGCAGCUUAUUUGCGACGAUGUGACGAUGAAUGAGGUGGAUAAUAAGCUCCGACCGUCGGAACAGGAAUAAUAUUUGACUGAAUGUCUCGAUCCGCGUGCUCUGCCGUCACACAUUAACAAGCCAUUGGAUUGAUGAGUCGUUUCUCGGACGUGGGCUGUUUGGCUCAUGGUUCUUCGGCCCGGAAUUAACGCGGCGACCCCUUCCUCCCCAGAUGUCCAAAGCCUGUGAUUCGGGUCGCGUACGUUAUAUGCCGACGGGGGCGGCGACGCAGUUGUCAAGUCACCACUGGUAGACGGAAUUAGGCCUGCGGUUGCGAACCGACGUCCGUUUUCUGAAUGCAGAUCACUCCCCGAUGUUGGACUCUAGUGCGCACUUUAAACAACGAUCAGCUAUAUCUCGAUGAGCUGGUGAUCCAAGUCCCUAUCUGGACCUCGCUCCUAUGCGUCCAGCAGGAGGCCUAUGAUCCAAAAAUUCCGUAUUAUCACCUUUUGAGUAAUUACUUGUCUAGUUAUGUUUGCAAUGAGAGAAUUUUCCUCAUAAACAAUAAACGUUGAUAACUUGUAAGGUACUACAUUUAAAGCUCGAAGGAAAAAUUUUUUAGUUUGUUUAAGUUUGGAGUUGUUUUGCUGUGGCCGCAAAUUCCACGAAAAAUAGGUGAAUAAGGCCGUAUUCUUCAUGAUUCCCAAGUUUGAGGAGAAGUUUGUACAAAACGCAUCAGUACGCAUCGCACUAUUCGACGACGGUUUCAAAUGUUCUUGGCUCAUCCUAAGUCCACUCAGUGGUUUGCCAAUACGUCUGAGCUCCUAGUGUUUAAAUACUGAAUGAUAUACCACAUCGACGGCACAGUUACCAGCUGGAAGCCUGAAAAGCUUUGAUCCGAAGGAUUUACACCAAAUUCAUACAUUAGUCGCAGAAGAAAUUAAAAAAGACCGCCCAGUAUUUUCUUCCGUCAUAUAUAUCCACCUGCCUGAGAAAUAAGGACAGGGCGGAAUAGGAUUUGUCAAAAACCUAAACAACCAGCCAUCUUAAGCGUUACUCUAAGGAAAGGGACAUUUUUGGCCUCCCCACUUAAUUGCCAAAUGGAGACAUUAGCUCCCCAAACGAUCCCCUGUCAGCCCAAGUUUACUCUCUGAAGGCCUGACCAGCUCUUUGCCAAAUCUAAAGCCAAAAACUACCGAAUAUGCCAUCAAAGUGAGAAAAACUGAUUUUGUUAGACAAAGCGAAACUAACAGACUGGUUUUCCUAUCUUAUUCCAUUUCCCUCCAGAAUAUUCGUAUCUUGGAUUACGAGUGCAUGGUCAGUGAAAACAAUUUCCGUGUCCUGGCGUUUGGCAAGUUUGCCGGCUAUUCUGGAAUGAUCGACAUUCUCCACGGCCUCGGCCAGCGUCUCCUGGCGUUGGGACACACGACACCCUUCAUGGUAAGUCGAUCCUCACCUGUUUGUAGAAAGCAGCUCACCAAAUCGCUAUUGCCACUGCAACCAAAACAUGUACUCAGCAUUAUCGCCUUCACGGCAUUAAAGUCCUUUUUAAUGCAAGUGACUAACAAGACACUUUCAUCUGGCUGUUGACCCACAACUCAAUGUUAUAGCCCGGACGGAACAUAUCUGCAAAAAACUGUAAAAAGUUGCACAGAACUUCGUAGUGAAGUGAUCGAAAUACGUACGUGGCGACUUCUGGACAUCUCUUUCUCUCUCUCUCUGUUAAUAAACUCCUCCUCCCUAUCCCCACCAGAAUGUGGCCAUGCCGCACAACUACUCCUCCAUGGAGCUGGCACGCCAGGCCGUCCAGAUGGCGGGUUAUGGAAUCGCCAUGAAUCAGAUGCCGCGCUCGAUCGGCCCCCUGAUCUUCGUCUUCACUGGUCUAGGCAAUGUGUCCCAGGGAGCGCGGGCCAUCUUCCGCCUCCUGCCGCACAAGUUUAUCCAGCCAGCCGAGAUGAAGGAGACUGCCAUGCAUGGAAGUAUGUUGUCCCUCGCAUUAAAUUCGGUGUUUGCGUCUGUGUAUUUUGUUUCUCGUAUGUGGCACAUGUUAGAAGGCAGUUCUGCUUCACGUCAGCCACUGCAUACAGCCUCAUCCACCAGUCGGUCUGACUUGGGCAAGACGACUGGCACAUAAUAGGAAGAGAAGGAGGAGAUUGGAAGGUCGCCAACCGAAGCGAUAAGUGAAUUCGACUUAACCCCGACAGUCAGAUUGCAGCGGUCCAUUCCCAAUGUAACAUUUAUGACAAUCCAUAUCAGCAAAGUAUCCGGCUACUAUUUUUGAACCUGGAUUCACGUGUGUAGGCACGAGAACGUGUGUGGUGCACGCAGACGUCGGUUUCGCAACGCCAGCCACUGCGCCCUCGCUCGGCACCAGUUGUCUUGAUCUUGCUUUGCCAUUGGAACGUGGUCGAUGUUUAAAAAGCAUAGUGAAGUAGGUGUCACGCAAGUCCUCCUCGUAAAAAACCAGUUUACGAGCAAGUGGGCGUUACCUCUUCAGGAAGUUGCGUUCUCAUCGAUUGCGGUGGAUGGUGAAAGCGUGUGUGGAUGCCUUCUGUCUGCUUCAGUGUGAUUUAAUUCACGCACAAACUACCAUAUCAUCAAGUAACCGGAAGGAUUCUUGACGAGCGCAUUCGCGUUGCUUUGUUCGCGACAUUCAGACUCCACCAUCCCACGAGACUUUUUUUUUCAAUGGAGUAUCCUGCAGUUCAGUAGUUUAUCAACCACGAAGUGGGCAUGGAUGGGCUUCAUUCAUAGACAAACGAGACUGGCAGACAAAAACACUAUAACGGUUGGCGCGCGGGUGAUAGGUGUGCCUAUGGCGUACUCGCGUGGCUCCCUAAAGGUCGUGAGAUUGCCAACUGAGGAAAUCGUCAAUGUGCUUAAGAGAGGACAAGGCUCCAGUGGUUUCUUCAUAAACAGAUUACCUGAGUCUGGGAUGUUGCGAAUAUCAUGUCUCCCCGAAUUUGCGUGUUCGGGUCGCGUCGACACGUAGCUGCUGUGCCCCCCCCCCGUAGGAUGCCUAUCUUUCUGACCUUGUUUUGUCACUUACACACACGAUGACUAUCACAAAACAGGGCGAGUUCGAUGCUGCGUAAACUGGCUGCACUAUGAUCGCGUCCCCCGCGGGUCGCCACCCAUAGCAGUGGUGACCCACGUAAAUUUCCACGACAGUGGAAUGUGGCGUUAGUAUGGAAGCUGUUUUUUGCAUGACCUUGUAAAACUUAAAAAGCAACAGUUUCGAUAUCAAACCACGAAUCCGGAGAUGAAUUUUGUUAAUUAAGGUUUGGUGUAGAUUCAACAGUGAAGUAAGCGUGCCCCCAAACCAAUAUAGACUAGAUCACGUCAAACGCUGCCGAAUAGUUAUUCGCACAAUCAGAUUCUCGGCUUUUUGUCAAGCAACCUAAGACAACGCAUUAAGUUGGAAGGUUCCAAACCAAUUUGUGGGCCUACGUUCGCUUAACUACGAAGACUUUUGCCUUUGCUACUGGGGUGGUCGAAUUCUUUUGCCCCUAACAAAAAACGUCUCGGCUUGCUAGGUGUUAGCGACAAGUGGGUAGUUUGUCACCUUUUUGGAUAUCAUUUUGAGGACCACUAAUGCCCUCGAUGCAUUUUUUUCUCUACAAAUAGGGACGGAUAUUGUAUACGGAGUCGUUAUUUCCGAAAAGGACCACCUUCGUCACAAGGAGACCGGAAACUUCGACAUGGCCGACUUUUUGGCGCAUCCUCAGAACUACAGAACGAUCUUCCCCGAAGAGGUAUUCUAGACGACCUAAAGUAUAAACUACAGUUCCUGUUUUAAUAAGCCACCCCUAGCAAAUGCCGAUGCUCAGGUCUAGAAAUUACCACUGUUUCAUGAGGAAUGUUCUGCAUCAAAGAAGUGGUAUUAACUAAUGCCGUCAUUGUGGAAAUGUAGCCUGAUUGUUUUCCUUAAUUUGGGUGUCUUAUCUAUCGAUAAAUGCAGCUGAAUGCUGUUACUACUGUCUGCCUUUCGUGUUUACGCUGGUAUUUUUCUCUUCCACCCCAUAGUAUGCUCCCUACAUGUCUGUCCUGGUCAACGGUGUCUUCUGGCGCCCAAAUGAUCCCCGCCUCCUCACGGUGGAGGACUGCAGGCGACUGCUGGUUACCGGCAAACCGUGCCACCAGUACGUCGCCUCCACUGGUAGGUCGCUAGACAAAAAAGGCGGUUGCCGGUUUUGACAAAACCCCGAGAUUUGGCUAGAGUGUUUAGGUUAAUGGAGAAGGUAAUCUUCUGGACAGGCUGACUGGUGAUUGCUUAAAGUCCCAUAUCGGGCUAGUUGUUCGUAUUGAUGCCUGUUCUCUAUCGCGCAGACAAAAGCCUCAUUAAACGACACGAAAGAUCCUUGCAAGCCAGGAAGUAAUUUGCGAAACCCUGGAUUGGAGAUCCGUAAUUGCCCUUAUUGUUGGCUAGAAGUCCUGCAAACAUCUCGUCUAGGACAGAUCGAUGGCCAGCACACCAUACCUCUCUGCAACUGGCAGCUCAAGUUCCUACUCUUGAUCGUCUUACCACGGUUUGCGCCAAGCCCGAACAUUGGGAAUUUUGGCAGGCUUGACUGGUAUCACCCCUCGUCUGGUCCUUGGCUAACAACGAUUCUAGUGAGGAUUCCUGAAACCUUUGAAAUAGGCCCACUAAGUGCUUGAAUAAAGUGCGUAAAUCUGGUCCAUCUUAACAGCGGUCUUGCCCUCUUUCCAGGUGCUCCUGUGCUCCCUCAACGUCUGAUUGCUGUUUGUGACAUUUCGGCGGACCCCAAUGGAUCCCUGGAGUUCAUGCAGACCUGCACUACCAUCGAGAAACCCUUCGUGGUCUACAACCCAGAGACCGACACAGAGACUGAAGGGUAAGUCUGGUGAAAACUCAGUCGUCUCAACGACCACCUAAAACACCCAAUGUUGUAGUUGAUGCUUUCGCAGUCAAUUAACUUGAUUGAGAUACAGCAAGUGUUUGUCCGUAAGAGGACUUAGGUAUUGUCCAUAAACCGCAGAGUAUUAACUGCCUGUGAGGCCUCAUGAUAGAAUCUUCGUGCAUUUCAUUUUAGAAUCUCCGGUGAUGGCUUCCUCGUCUGUUCUAUUGACAAUAUGCCAACACAAUUGCCAGUCGAGUCAUCCACCUUCUUCGGUGAUGGCCUCAUGCCCUACAUCGACGACAUGCUACUCUCUGACGCAAACACGCCCUUUGAAGAAUUCAAGGCCGGUCCAGUUAUCAAGAACGUAGGUUGGCAGCACCCAAGAAUUCUCUAUAGGCCUUAGUGGGAGAAAUCCGAGAUCUACCUCAGAUUUCCUCAGCACCAAAAUAGACUAGAUGAGAUUUUGGUUGUUCGACCGACUUCACAUAGUAAUAACUCCAUAACGAAGUUUCAAAUACUGUACGAACAGUCGAUUUCCGACUCUCAGCAUGAACAUAUAGUCAUUCCAUGGAAGUAUGCGUUAGACAUAAGGAUUCAGUACCAUUUAUGCUAAAAACUACGCCAACCUCGUUUAACAUUGGGCAUCGUCAGUUUGACAUCGUGCAUGCCUAGAUCUUUCCCUUUAACUUUUCAGUGCACGAUCGCAUCUAAUGGCAAACUCACCCCACGUUUCGAAUACAUCGCGGAUCUGCGUAAACAGAAGGAGGCUGCAAGUGGAAUAAAACACAGAGUACUAAUUCUUGGCGCUGGGUAUGUCGUCCCGCCGAUUGUCGGCUAUCUCACUCGGGAUCCUCAGAUUCAAGUUACAGUUGGUAGGUCACCUCGCACAUCAAAUCUCCCCUGUUUUUACUACGUAGUAUAGUCCUCCUGAGAUGUACUAAUUGUUUGCGUUUAUUCCUCACCAACAUAGUUUCCAAUUUGGUGUCCGACCUGGAGAACAUCAAGAAGGCCUAUCCGGAUGUCCCCGUGAAGCAGCUGGACAUUUUACAGGACACCGAAGGAUUGGGCAGACUGGUUGCUGAACACGACCUCGUCAUGAGCAUGGUCCCCUGGAAGUUCCAUCCUCAGGUCUUCGCUGUCUGCAUCAAGCACAAGAAAAAUGUUCUCACUGCCAGCUACUGUUCUCCGGCACUCCGUGAAAUGGAACAACAGUGAGUCCCCCCAGUUGCUUACCUUUGCAUCCUAACUGUUCACAAUCAGCAGUCUUUGAGAAUUACUAAACAAAUGAGAAACCAGCAUUAGACUUGACUUUAUCCAAUACUGAAUAGGAUCAAGGAUGCUGGAAUGACGGCUUUCAUGGAGAUAGGCCUUGAUCCCGGAAUAGACCAUUUGCUCGCAAUGGAGUGCUUCGACGAGACGUACGCGAAGGGAGGGAAGGUCGUCUCUUACGAGUCCUAUACCGGCGGUGUCCCGGCCCCCGAGUACGCUGACAAUCCCCUGCGUUACAAGUUCAGCUGGAGUCCGGAGGCAGCGAUGACAACCGUCCUCAACGGCGCCAUCUACCUGGAAAACGGAGAGGUGAGGAUUGUGGCCUUGAAUUUGUAAAUGGGUGUGCCGAAGACGCAUUUGGCCCAAGUAACGGUAGUAGUUCUCUGUCUGAUUGAAAUUUAGGUCAAACAGAUUCCAGCCGGUGGGGCGCUGAUGGACCACGCACACCCAAUGAACGAUCUGGUUGGUUUUAACCUCGAGGGCUACCCCAACCGCGACUCCACGUCCUACAAGGACAUCUACAAACUGAAGGAUUGUCACACGGUGAUUCGCGGCACACUGCGUUAUAAGGGCUUCACGAAAGUGAUCAAGGCGCUCAUUGAACUGGGAUUCAUGGACCAGAAUCCGCAUCCCAAGCUUUCCCCAUCCGGCCCUUCGAUGACCUGGGUAUGUUUAGACCUGAACACUUUUUCUGUCUGCUCAAGUUCCUCCAUGCUAGCAUGCCAAGAGGCUGUUAAUGCGUUUUUACCCAUACAGAAAGAAGUGACGUGUGUGGUUUUGGGACUGGAUCCCAAAUCCUCGGUUGGAACAGUCGAGGCCGCAAUUAGAAAGAAGUUGAACAUGCCGGAGGAGACUGUGCACGAAGUUCUUGCGUAGGUUCCGUUGGCUUUUUUUCUAAAAACAGUCGUCACUGCCUCUUUAAGUUAACGUUUCAAUACUGUUUUUAUAAUCUGUCGAAAUCUUCUGGAUGUAAAACUGGACCGUUUUAUUUCUUCCUCGACUCGACAGACUGGGAUUGUUGAGUGACAAAGUGGCCAAACUGUGCGGAAGCCCAUUUUCAACUCUGUCACUGCACUUUUCUGACAUCCUCGCCUAUGGUAGGUGGACUGUAAACCCUCUGAAGAGUGACUUUGUUGAGAUCACAUGUCAGCGUUUUGAAAUAGCCCAUUUUUCAUGCAUAAAAUUGCUGUCAUCCCCCUCCCACCCACCUGUAGGACCGAAUGAGCGCGACCUGAUCGUGAUGUCGCACCAGAUCGGGGUCGAGUGGCCAGACAAGAGGCGCGAACUAAAGAUCGUCCGUUUGGUGAUCUACGGAGAAGAGGGCAAGGGUAAGGCCGGCCUAGCCAUGUCGCGCACGGUCGGUCUGCCUGCAGCUAUCGCGGCCCGAAUGGUUCUCAAUGGUUGGUCGAGUUCCACUGUUUUAACUUCAUCCAUCUUCUGUUUUGGCCUACUGUUUGCCCGCACCAAAAAAGCCUUACCACACAAACGACAUUCAGAUUAUAGGCGGAUUAUUUCUCCCUAACAAAUUGACAAUAAAGGCACUUUAGUAUCUGAGAGCGCAGAGGAGCGCUCCAGAGCAGAUUUAUAAACUGUCUAACCUUCUGGCAAACUGGGCCUUCUGCUAACUGCAAAAUCAGUAUAUAUCCUCUCAGAUAAAACCAACUGUCCGGACUCCACUGCAGUGCUGACCAAUAGGGAACCUUAUCGUAUGUUAACUCAUGCAUCAUGGUAUUGGACAACCACGAAGGCUUCAAAAAGGCUAUGCAAUCAACAAGGGUUUUAAUUAGUCUUCGGGAUUCUUCACAGAAUCACGGUUUUGAAAACGAGAAAAAGUCUGAAAUGUGAGAAAAUGAAUCUCUUGUGUCAACGAUAGUUUCCCUCGAAAGUGCCCAAUGCGAUUCCCUUUUUCACGCACAUGGUCAAGGAGUAUACUUUUAAAGAUGUUUUCUGGACAGCAUUUUUUAAUGAAAUUUUGCAUUUUUAAGAGUCAGAAUGCGUCGCACGACAAAGCUCAGGAGUUACGCACACGUUUCUAGACGACCCCCCGUUCGCACAUGCGAAUAUCCGCAGCUUUCUUGUCUUCAGAGUGCAUUCACAUUAUGCUUCACGAGUGUCGCCUUACUGCUUAUUUGUUGGUUUGUCCCGUACCUGUCUGACGUGCUGAAGCAGAUCUGCACUAACAGCUUGAAAAAAGUUUUGCUCGGCAGAAGCAAAUAGUUGCAUGGAGCUUACUGCUUAACAGAGACCAACUGUUUUUCUGCCUCAUUCACCACCACGAGAAUGGACCUCCGUAGGGCGUUUGCUUUCCCCAGCUGUGUCCUUUUGGAACCGAAGUGGUGUUACCUCGUUGUUGCUCUCAGACUACAGUCAUUUCUCUUCCGAUGCACUGGAAAAUGGUGACUUACUACUUGAUAUAGGGCAAGCUCAAGUAAUUAAACGAAUGUGCUGCGAGACGGAGUUGAAUCAGCAGACCUCCCGAAUUGGCGCCGGGUACUACACCCCCUAGUCAAUGCAGUUACGUUUGAUAACCGCACAAAUUAACCGAAUAGGACCAGUGGCCGCCUCCGUGUGAGUAGUUUGUCUUGCGCUCUUGACAGAUAAGGUGCUCAACUUGCGGACCAGAAGGAAGACAAUAUCGGUUAAUACGCGCAGCAUCCAACACGAAUUCGGAAGUUCGUGGUCUGAUCCUGCUGUGCAGCAAUUGUCUUCGGAUUUUCACUGUUAUAGUGAAUGUGUUUUAGACUGCCAAUGUUUAUAUUACAUAUUCAUUUUCUGAUGUAUAACGUCUCCUCCAUUGUACUAAUAGUUAUUAUUUGUGUGUUUUAAAGGGGAAGUUAAACAAAAGGGCUUCGUACUUCCUUUUGCACCGGAAAUCUACAAACCGAUCCUCGAGCGCCUGAAGAAGGAGGGUAUUACGGCGACCGAAACUACAAUCGCCUUGUAG